CACUGACGGGCUGGUAGUGUGCGCCCGCGGGCUCGGCGCGGACCGGCUCCUCUACCACUUUCUCCGGCUGCACUGCCACCCAGCCUGCCUGGUGCUCGUGCUCAACACGCAGUCGGCCGAGGAGUUAGCCGGGCAUGGUGGCCUGCGCCUGUAGUCCCAGCUACUCGGGAAUCGCUUGAACGCGGAAGGCGGAGGUUGCAGUGAGCCAAGAGCGUGCCAUUGCACUCCAGCCUAGGCAACAGAGCAAGACUCCAUCUAAAAAAAAAAAGAAGAGUACUUUAUCAAUCAACUGAAGAUAGAAGGAGUUGAACACCUCCCUCGCCGUGUAACAAAUGAAAUUACAAGCAACAGUCGCUAUGAAGUUUACACACAAGGUGGUGUUAUAUUUGCAACAAGUAGGAUACUUGUGGUUGACUUCUUGACAGAUAGAAUACCUUCAGAUUUAAUUACUGGCAUCUUGGUGUACAGAGCCCACAGAAUAAUCGAGUCUUGCCAAGAAGCAUUCAUCUUGCGCCUCUUUCGCCAGAAAAACAAACGUGGUUUCAUUAAAGCUUUCACAGACAAUGCUGUUGCCUUUGAUACUGGUUUUUGUCAUGUGGAAAGAGUGAUGAGAAAUCUUUUUGUGAGGAAGCUGUAUCUGUGGCCACGGUUCCACGUAGCAGUAAACUCGUUUUUAGAACAGCACAAACCUGAAGUUGUAGAAAUUCAUGUUUCUAUGACGCCUGCCAUGCUUGCUAUCCAGACUGCUAUUCUGGACAUUUUAAAUGCGUGUCUAAAGGAACUAAAAUGCCAUAACCCGUCACUUGAAGUGGAAGACUUAUCUUUAGAAAAUGCUAUUGGAAAACCUUUUGACAAGACAAUUCGCCAUUAUCUGGAUCCUCUGUGGCACCAGCUUGGAGCCAAGACUAAAUCCUUAGUUCAGGAUUUGAAGAUAUUACGAACUUUGCUGCAAUAUCUCUCUCAGUAUGAUUGUGUCACAUUUCUUAAUCUUCUGGAAUCUCUGAGAGCAACGGAAAAGGCUUUUGGUCAGAAUUCAGGUUGGCUGUUUCUUGACUCCAGCACGUCAAUGUUUGUAAAUGCUCGAGCACGGGUUUAUCAUCUUCCAGAUGCCAAAAUCAGUAAGAAAGGCAAAAUAUCUGAAAAAAUGGAAGUUAAAGAAGGCCAAGAAACAAAAAAGGAACUGGUCCUAGAAAGCAACCCAAAGUGGGAGGCACUGACUGAAGUACUGAAAGAAAUUGAGGCAGAAAAUAAGGAGAGUGAAGCUCUUGGUGGCCCAGGUCAAGUACUGAUUUGUGCAAGUGAUGACCGAACAUGUUCCCAGCUGAGAGACUAUCUCACUCUUGGAGUGGAGGCCUUCUUACUGAGGCUCUACAGGAAAACCUUCGAAAAAGACAGCACAGCUGAAGAAGUCUGGAUGAAAUUAAGGAAGGAAGACAGUUCGAACAGAAUUAUGAAAUCUCACAGAAGACCCAAAGACCCCCAAAACAAAGAACGGGCUUCUACCAAACAAAGGACCCUCAAAAAGAAAAAACGAAAGUUGACCUUAACUCAAAUGGUAGGAAAAUCUGAAGAACUGGAAGGGGAAGGAGAUGUCGAGGAAGGAUAUCGUCAAGAAAUAAGGAGUAGCCCAGAAAGCUGCCUGGCAGAAAUUAAGCAUGAAGAAUUUGAUGUAAAUUUGUCAUCAGAUGCUGUGUAUGGAAUCCUGAAAGAACCUCUCACUAUCAUCCAUCCACUUCUGGGUUGUAGCGACCCCUAUGCUCUGACAAGGGUACUCCAUGAAGUGGAGCCAAGAUACGUGGUUCUUUAUGACGCAGAGUUAACCUUUGUUCGUCAGCUUGAAAUUUACAGGGCAAGCAGGCCUGGGAAACCUCUGAGGGUUUACUUUCUUAUAUACGGAGGUUCAACUGAGGAACAACGCUAUCUCACUGCUUUGCGGAAAGAAAAGGAAGCUUUUGAGAAACUCAUAAGGGAAAAAGCAAGCAUGGUUGUCCCUGAAGAAAGAGAAGGCAGAGAUGAAACAAACCUAGACCUAGUAAGAGGCAUAGCAUCUGCAAAUGCUUCCACUGACACUCGGAAAGCUGGUGGCCAGGAACAGAAUGGUACACAGCAAAGCAUAGUUGUGGAUAUGCGUGAAUUUCGAAGCGAGCUCCCAUCUCUAAUCCAUCGUCGGGGCAUUGACAUUGAACCCGUGACUUUAGAGGUUGGCGAUUACAUCCUGACUCCAGAAAUGUGUGUGGAACGCAAGAGUAUCAGUGAUUUAAUCGGCUCUUUAAAUAAUGGCCGCCUCUACAGCCAGUGCAUCUCCAUGUCCCGCUAUUACAAGCGUCCCGUGCUUCUGAUCGAGUUUGACCCUAGCAAGCCUUUCUCUCUCACUUCCCGAGGUGCCUUGUUUCAGGAGAUCUCUAGCAAUGACAUUAGCUCCAAACUCACUCUUCUUACACUUCACUUCCCCAGACUCCGGAUUCUCUGGUGCCCCUCUCCUCAUGCAACGGCAGAGUUGUUUGAGGAGCUGAAACAAAAUAAGCCACAGCCUGAUGCGGCAACAGCAUUGGCCAUUACAGCAGAUUCCGAAACCCUUCCCGAGUCAGAGAAGUAUAAUCCUGGUCCCCAAGACUUCUUGUUAAAAAUGCCAGGGGUGAAUGCCAAAAACUGCCGCUCCUUGAUGCACCAUGUUAAGAGCAUUGCAGAAUUAGCAACCCUGUCACAAGAGGAGCUCACGAGUAUUCUGGGGAAUGCUGCAAAUGCCAAGCAGCUCUAUGACUUCAUUCACACCUCUUAUGCAGAAGUCGCAUCUAAAGGAAGAGUUAAAAAGUAAACACUGAGGGCUGUUUCCUUAUCCCAUGGCUGUGCUUUUCAGCUGCUCCUUGCCAGACAUCAUCAGUCGUUAUUAAUUAUUAGUUUGGUAUUUCAUUCCUUUCCAACGCUCUUACUGAUUGUUUGGUGGACCAGAAGCCAGGAUUCCUCUCUGAACUCUGCAGUUAGGCAUCACUUCAACUUGCCUGUGCCUGCUCUUUUCCCUCCCUGCACAAUCCAUGCCAGGCUUAGCAUAUUCCUUUUUAAAUGAGAUCUCUCAGGAUCAGGUAAAGUUUCUACGAGAAGGUAGAAAGGCACGGAGGGUUCUGGGAGGGAAAAGAGCAGGCAUAAGAAAGCUACCAUUUUCAACAGUCCUUGUUUUCUAGUGCAGCAUAAAUAACAGUCUUAAUUGUACUUCAUACCAGUGCCCUGUGGCUCUCAAAAUCUGUUCUUUGCUCUUGUAUCUGCUGGACGCUUGAACUGAUGUUUGUGUAGGAAAUCAUGUUCUGACCCUGUGUCUACAAAGGAGCCUUCUGGAACACUGAGAAGGAACAUUUCUUUGCCCUUCCUGACCAGUUCUCUCUAUCACUUUUUCUUCAGCUCCAUACUUCUUCUGCCUGUCUGUUCUAAGGAAAUUUUAUGGAGCCUUCCUAUUACUAACUCAAGACAGCCACCUCAAAAACUGGCUGACUAGUCUUCUAAUGACCCAAACAUAUGUAGCAUGUACUUCUAAUGACCCAAACAUAUGUAGCAUAACUUCACUGUAAAAUUACUAUUUUUAAAACAUAAAAUGAAUGACCUAUUUGUAAAAGUUAAUGGUGAAGCUACUCUUAGAAUUCUCAAUUUUUACACAUAUUCAGUCUCCUAAUAUCAGAGAUCUCUCUAAGCCCAAAUGGCUAGUUGUAGAGUUUUUUAAAGACCUCCUCGUUUCCCAGCUCUCUCAUAUCCUAAGACACCAGCACCAUAUCCUCUAGAAAUACAACCUAAGCUCACCCUCCUGUAAUUCUUCAUUUCUCACAAUCCUGUGCCAGGGUGGCUCCUUUCUUCUCUGUGUGAGGACCCAAUACAAGCUAAUAAGUGGCCCACUAAGCUUUUAAGAUUUGGUUUUCUUGCCUUGAGAUAAAAAGGGUUGUAGGUUAAUGAAAGAUCAGUGUAUGGAAUAUAUAAAAAUUCAAAAGAAAUAUAUACACUUAAAAAUUCAUAAAGUAAAAAAAUCCCAUUCUAAACCUCCUGAUUGAUUUAAGUUGGCUUAAGUGUACGUAUAGGAUAUUCACCGCAUCUUUGUGUGAUUUUUAAACUUUUAUAUUUAAACAUUACUAAUUUAGCUAUUGUUCACAUAUUUAGAAAUUAGUAGUAAAUUUUCUACCUCAAGGGCUGAUAGAGACAACAGUUCUGCUAGCUAUAUCACGUAUUUUAAUGUUUCAUCAAUAUCAGCUAUUUUUUUGUUUGCUGUACUAUUUGAACUAAUAGAUGCUGGAUCAUGUAAUACAAAGUUGUCUUCAACUUUAAUAACAUUUUUUUUUAUGAGACGGAGUCUUCCUCUUUUCGCCAGGCUGGAGUGUAUUGGCGUAAUCUCAGCUCACUGUUUCCACCGCCUUCCAGGUUCAAGCGAUUCUCCAGCCUCAGACUCCCGAGUAGCUGGGAUUACAAGUGGACACCACCCUGCUCGGCUAAUUUUUGUGUUUUUAGAAGAGAUGAAGUUUCACCAUGUUUUCAGGCUGGUCUUGAACUACUAACCUCAGGUAUUCCACCCCGACUUGGCCUCCCAAAGUACUGGGAUUACAGGCAUGAGCCUCCACGCCCAGCCAACAAAAUUAUUUUUAGCUUUCCUUUUUGAACUGAACCUCUCAUAUUGGCAUCUUGAUUUAUUGGUACUUAACAGUAUAUAUGGAUUUUGAACUCUACACAAGGGCACUACAAGAAUGAAUUGAGGGAUGUCAAGAACCAGACUGGCUAUCGUAGAACUCUGUAAGAUGAUCUGGAGAGUAAAGAGAAGGACAAGAAAUAAAAAUUCGUUUAAGGUGGAAUAAAGAUUUGGGCUGCUAAUUUUUUCCCAGGAUUCAAAACAUACCCCCUAGAAUAGAAAACAAAAAUUUGAAUGAUUACAACAUUGUCAUCAACAUUCUAUUUUGUGUAUAUUGUUGUAUUGAAGAUAGUUCAGAGUGUAUUAAAAUAGACCUACCAUCAAAUGGUAAUGGUUACUAUAAUGUCUCUUCACCCUCUUCUAGUACUUCUGCUUGCAGUAUGUAGUCUAUUUUUUUCCUUCUUGUAUAAUUCCACUUGCCUUUUAUUGUUGUUUCAUUAUAUAAAAGGAAAAUCUUAGCAUAUUGUGUGAAAGGGGUUUCUGUCCAAGUUAGUUUUCAAAAAUAAAAAUAAGGUCUUCUUCCCCCCCCACCCCAAACGGAGUCUUGCCCUGUCGCCAGGCUAGAGUGCAGUGGCGCAGUCUCGGCUAACUGCAUCCUCCGCCUGCCAGGUUGAAGCAAUUCUCCUGCCUCAGCCUCCUGAGUAUCUGGGAUUACAGGCACAUGCCAUCACACCCAUAUAAUUUUUCUAUUUAGUAGAGACAGGGUUUCAUCAUGUUGGCCAGGCUAGUCUCAAACUCCUGACCUCGUGAUCCACCCGCCUCAGCCUCCCAAAGUGCUAGGAUUACAGGCAUGAGCCACCACACCCAGCAAAAAUAAGGUCUUUUUAGUGCUACCAUUUUCAACAGUCCUUGUUACCGAGUGCAACAUAAAUAGCAGUCUUAAUUGCACUUUAUACCAGUGCCCCAUGGCCCUCAAAAUUUAUUCUUUGCUGUUGUAUCUGCUGGACGCUUGAAGACAGGUGCACUGUCUUGUAUGUAUUUGAAUUAUGAACAAACAGUAAUUUCUAAUGAAUUCUAAAAUGGUCAUUGUAAGUGAAAAGCCUCUCACUACCACUUCCUCUUCCAACUACAUAUAUUUCAUUGUUAUUUCCAGUUUUGGAAAGUUUUCAAUACAUCAAGUGUUUACUUAGAUUUUUGUACAAAUUUUUUACAAUCUAAGAGUCUUUGGAGAAGGAAUUAGACACGAAUGCAGUUGCAAAAUUAAUAGUUUAUUUUCCAGCAUCAUUUUAUUAACUUCACUUUUUUCUCUCAAGAUAGUAAAUAUCCAACUUAUGACCUCAUGUUUAGCUCUUUUAAAACCUUUUUUAAAAGCUAGAUCAGAUUCUAUUUUACAAGUGUUUGUAUAAAAAUGUGAACAUAUGAGAUAUUGUGAGAAAUCAUUUUAAGUUUCACUUCAGUCAUAGUGCCUUUUUUGCUACUUCCUUAAAAUUAUGCAAGAAGAAAUCAUUUUCAGUAGUGGUCAUAAAUAUUAUCCAUUUGGCAAUAAGUUACUGUUUCUUCAGUCUGAAGCUCAGCAGACAAUGUCUACACGUGUUGGAGUACAUCCUGGGUACAGUUUCGCAGCUCAUGAGAGUCUGAAAAUAGUCUCAUUCCUUAAGCCACUAGGACAUGAAGGGUUAAGUCUAGAUUUGGUUGCAUUGAAAUCCCACAAUAUAGAAUUAAUAAAUGGCCUUAGCAGGAAAACCUACACUAAAGCAAAUCUGAAGAAGUAGGGGCAGGGGGAGACGCAUUAUUGGGCUUUCCUUUUGUUUUGCAAGGAUAAUUUGAUUUUCCUUUGGCUCAGAAAAUUUCUUUGGGGAAAUUCUCUUUUGUGUUCAAUUUAACCUAGAAAUGUCCUCCUAAAAACCAACAUUUUGGGAAAGUUCUUAUUUCAGGGAUGGAGUAUAUUAAAAUUAAGCCAGGCUUUGACAUGCAUUAUCACUUUUCUUAUUUUGCUUUCUACUUCAGUUUAUAGGUAUUUCUGAUUCAGUUCUGAAUUUCAGCACUUACAUAAUCAUCUUUGUCUACCAGGUUUUUGGUGGCCUAAACCACUGUGCUGUUGUUUUUUUAUUUAAAGAUGCAAAAGCCAAAUUUUGGAUGGGAGUGAAAAAUAACUGAUUGAUAUGAAUUUUAUCAGUUGUAUGUGUGUGUGUUUGAUAUAUAUUUAUUCAGCAUUUUAUGGGCAAAGUAAAAAUAACAAUGUAUAGUGAAAGGGCAUAUAUUACCAGCAGUGAUAAUUUAAAACCUUGAAAAUAUUGCUUUGUUUGUUUUUGUUAUGCAGAAUUAAUGAUUAAAGCAGAAAUGCUCUUUGGA